CGCUGUUUGUAAAUGACGUAAGUAGUGGAAACAAGAUGGCGACGUCUAAAUUCUGAAUUAGUUUAUCUAAAUAGAAAUCGGCCUCUGGGGCAUUGUUGAGGUGUUACCUGUCCUCUGAUAGUUUAAUAAACUUAGAGCUAAGAUAAAGUGACGUUAUGCGUUGUUAACGCUUCAAAGAUCUCUGGACAUCUUGGUUCUUUCCUUCAGCAACCUCCGGUUAAAGCCGGGGAGGCGAAGUUCUGAAUUUUAUUAUGGACAGUAACGUUAGUGGGGAGUACAUCUCGACCAUGGAAAAUAUGGAUCCGACUUUGUCAGAACUAGGGGACGAAUUUACACUGGGCGACAUCGAUGAGAUGCUCCAGUUCGUCAGCAACCAGGUGGGGGACUUCCCCGACCUCUUUGAGGACCAGAUGGCCUCUGCGGGCUCCCUACAGAACGGUGCUGGGGCCACCCCACGCCCACCCCCUCAAGCCCCACAGACACCCCAGACCACUACCACAGUUUACCAGAAUAGCAACGUGACCCUCACCCCCACCCAAACACUGGCCCCCCAGUCCCUGCCCCUCACCCCACCACAGACCCCAGUCCAGACGUUCUCUUCAGGGCAGCAUCAUAUCCGCGCCCCUCCCCUGCUCCAGCCCCGGCCCCAGAUGCAGGCCAUCCAGCCUCAGCCCCAGCAGCAACCCACCAUCCAGGUCCACAGCCAGAGCAUCCCCAUGCAGGCGCAUAGCUUCCCUGUGCACACCCUGGUCCAGACCCACAACCAGGCUCUGCCCAUCCAGACCCAGGCCCAGACGGUGAUGAUCACAUCCAGCGGUGGCCAGUCCCGCUUCAUCCAGAACCCUGUCAUCUGCCACCAGAGUCCCACUACAAGCUUCCAAGUCCUCCAACCGCAGAUGCAGAGCAUAAUGACAUCACCACAGGUUCAACCCAUGACCAUCCAGCACCAGAGACUACUGCAGACGGGCCAGACCAUCCAGACUCUCUCCACCGCUCCUACAGUCCACACCAUGCAACAGCAGGUUCAACAGGUACCCCUUCUGGUCCACCAGCCUCAGAUUCUGAAGACCGAGAAUCUGGUUCUGACCACCCUGAAACCUGAUGGGACACAGGUUCUGUCCACCAUGCAGAACCCUGGGAUCACCACCUUGACCCAUCCUAUCCAGACACAGACUCUACAGGUACCGACUCUGAUGGGCAGUAACAUCCUGACCACUGUGCCUGUCAUGAUGGGGGGCGGAGACAAGCUGCCCAUCAAACAGCUGUCGUCAGGCACCUCCCACUGUGUAGGUGGGAACAGGCAGGUGAUGGACCACGGGAUGGGAAUGGUGAUGGGUCCAGGGGGGGUGAUGAAGGAGGGGGAGAGGAGAACCACCCACAACAUCAUCGAGAAGAGGUACCGCUCCUCCAUCAAUGACAAGAUCCUGGAGCUGAGAGACCUGGUCAUGGGCGGCGACGCUAAGAUGCACAAGUCAGGAGUGCUGAGGAAAGCCAUCGACUACAUCAAAUACCUGCAGCAGGUCAACCACAAACUACGGCAGGAGAACCUGGCCCUCAAGAUGAACAGCAAGAACAAGUCAGUGGUGCUGUCUGACGAUGUGGAGAUGAAACCAGAGAUGCUGAUGAUGUCACCUCCAGCCUCAGAGUCUGGAUCAGGAUCUCCUCGUGAGUUCUCUCCAUACUGCAUCGACUCCGAGCCUGGCAGUCCCUUACUGGACCAUGAGCAGGUGAAGAGUGAGCCUGGCUCACCCUCUUCUGUAGGAGUGAUGGAUCGCUCUCGUCUCCUCCUCUGCGCCCUCACCUUCUUCUGCCUCUCCCUCAACCCCCUGCCCUCUCUCCUGGGAUCUGAGGCCCAGAGCAGCUCUAGCUUGACCUCUGCACACGGAGCCUCCAGGACACUGUUCUCAUUACCCAGCCAGACCCAGAACUUUGCGACCUGGCUUUGGUGCCUGUUGCCAUGGUUGACGGUGUGGAUUUUGAGCGGUGUUGGGGCAGUGUGGGGCUGUGUUAGGGUCCUCUACCUCUGGGAGCCUGUCACCCCCCUCCACUCGCCCAAAUCAGUCUCCUUCUGGAGGCAGCGUAAACAAGCAGACCUACAUCUCAACAGAGGUGACUAUACAGCAGCCGUGGCCAGUUUGAAAACCUGCCUGUCAGUCUUGACCAGAGCCCUGCCCACCACCAGUUGGGACCUCCUCUUCUCCCUCUCCUGGAACCUAAUUCGCUACUGUCUGCAUCACCCCACCCCUCUGGGCUGGCUGGUUCGCCAGGUUGGUGGGAAGCACAAGGGGGAGGAGUCCAAGACCAGCUCCCGGGACGCAGCUCUGGUCUACCAUAGGCUGAGCCAGCUGCAACUCACAGGGAAGCUACCCCAGAGCAGUGGCCUGUGGGCUCUGUCUCUGUCUAUGAGUGCCGUCAACCUCAGUGAGAGCGCCCAAAGCAAGAUGGCCCCCACCCAGCAGGCCCAUAUCUAUGUCACCGCGGCAACAGCUUUGCGCACUGUACUGGGCCACCACCUCUCCUGCCUGCCUGGUUACCUUUUGAGCUGUGCUGAGGGUGUGGCCAGCCAAUCAGACUCCAAGCCCAUCCCUGACUGUUUGCACUGGCUCUUCACCCCAUUGGGCAGGCAGUUCUUUCUCAGCUGUGAUUGGUCUGUGAAGUCUGAGAGCAGAGAGGGCGUGUACACUUCCCAGAGAGACCCAGCUGACCCCAUCGCCCAGCUGCAUCGUUGUUUCUGUGAGAAGCUGCUGGAGAGAGCUGUGCACUCCCUCAUCCAGCCCCACACUGACACGGAGGCAGACAAGCCCAAGAACGACUCGGGGGAGUUCUCCAGUGCCUUGGAGUUUCUCCAGCUAUUGAACAGCUGCACAGAGGAGUCCUCCUCACCUCCCUUCCCAGCCCCACCUAAUCACACCACCAUGCCAGUGGCAGACCCAGUGAGUCGCUGGUGGGCAUUGGUCCUAAAGGCUGCUGCCCAUUGGCUGCAAGGAGAUGAUGUCGCUGUGAGGUCGCUGCUGGCAGAGGCAGAGCGCAUGCCCAGAGCUCUCCAUACCCUCGAUCAUCCGUUGCCCAAGGCUGUGCUGCUGCUGUGUAAGGCGGUGCAGAUGAGCCUGUCUCCUCUGAAGGGAGAGGGGGCGGUGGCCUGUCUGUCUCACUGCGACAGGGCCAGCAGCUACCUGCGCACCAGCAUCUCUGUUCCCCUGUCCACCCAGUCUGGCAACUGGCUCAACAAGGGGGUGGAGCUCCUGGUCUGUGACCUCUUGCUGACCCUCAGGACCAGCCUAUGGCAAAGAGGAAGCAGCAGCAAUGGGGAGCCAGGCCCCGCCUCUAGCUCCCAAUUGGCGGGAUUCCAGCGGGACCUGAGUUCGUUGCGAAGGCUGGGCCAAUGCUACAGACAGGCACAACACAAGGUGUUCCUACAUGAGACCACAGUGAGGCUGAUGGCUGGAGCCAGUCCCACCCGUACACACCAGCUACUGGAGCACAGCCUCCGACGCAGGACCAACACCCCUGGAUACACCACGGCUGAGGGUGACUGUGUUCUGGGUGAGCGUGAAAGGGCUCAUGCCAUCCUGCUGGCAUGCCGCCACCUACCCUUACCCCUGCUGACACCACCAGGGCACCGCGCCCGCCUGCUGGCCGAGGCCAAGCGCACCCUUGAGCGUGUGGGCGACCGCCGCUCCCUACAGGACUGCCAGCAGAUCCUGCUCCGCCUCAGCGGGGGCACCACCAUCGCGGCCUCCUGAUGAUUCUCCCUCAGACAGAUCUCAAAUCAGUUAGACCCACACAUAUUAACCCUGACUUGUGAUCUACUCACUCAGAGUCCCGAUCAGUGGUCAGUGAUGAGUUAUUCUCCACCACAUAUUAGAAAUUAGCCCACUCAUACAGAUCCCAGAACAGUCACCUAGCCCUAUAGACAUAGCACUGAUAAAUUACUAGUCAGCCAUUUCCACAUAGCAUCUAAUAGUCAACAACGCGAACAGUCGUAUCUCAUGGACAUAUCACUAUACAGGAGAGAUACCAAAAGGGACCUUCAAUCUUCACACUGCCAACCUGAACAUUGACUACGGUUAACAUUCUGGCAGUGUCAUAUUUAAUGUCACACAGGCCUAACAAACACACCCCCAUAUCCUCACAGAAGGAGAAUGUAUAUAAUGCAGCCCAUACACUGGACCACUGCACAUGGUUUCUCACAUGCUCACUGGUA